AUGCGCGCCCUCGGUCUCGUGGGCCUUUUUGGCGUUGCCCAUGCAGUCUGUCCGUACAUGGACGGCGGCUUGCAACGACGUGACACGAACCCUGAUGCGACUGAGGCGACUGAGGAGUUCCUGUCCGGGUACUACUUCGAUGAUUCCGAUUCUUACCUGACAUCUGAUGUGGGAGGACCGAUUGAAGACCAGCAAAGUCUAAAGGCUGGUGAGCGAGGGUCAACUUUGUUGGAAGAUUUUAUCUUCCGCCAGAAGAUUCAGCGAUUCGACCAUGAGCGGGUUCCCGAACGCGCAGUGCACGCUCGUGGUACAGGUGCCCACGGUGUGUUUACUUCGUACGGCGACUACUCCAACAUCACUGCGGCUUCUUUCCUGUCGAGCAAGGGCAAGGAGACUCCUGUUUUCGUUCGCUUCUCCACUGUUGCAGGUAGUCGGGGCAGCUCUGAUCUUGCUCGUGAUGUCCAUGGUUUCGCGACGCGGUUCUACACUGACGAGGGCAACUUGGAUAUCGUCGGCAACAACAUCCCUAUUUUUUUCAUUCAGGAUGCGAUUCAAUUCCCUGACCUGAUCCACUCUGUUAAGCCCAGCGGGAACAACGAGAUUCCACAGGCCGCGACUGCCCAUGAUGCCGCUUGGGACUUCUUCAGCCAGCAGCCGAGCACGAUGCACACUCUCCUGUGGGCCAUGUCUGGCAAUGGCAUCCCCCGCUCAUUCCGUCACGUUGAUGGCUUCGGGGUGCAUACCUUCCGAUUUGUCACCGAUGACGGCUCUUCCAAGCUUGUCAAGUUCCAUUGGAAGACCCUUCAGGGCAAGGCCGGUCUAGUCUGGGAGGAGGCGCAGCAGAUCUCCGGCAAGAACCCCGACUACAUGCGCCAGGAUCUGUAUGAGUCAAUCGAGGCAGGGCGCUUCCCUGAGUGGGAGCUUGCCGUGCAAGUAAUGGACGAGGAAGAUCAAUUGCGCUUCGGUUUCGAUCUGUUUGACCCGACCAAGCUCGUCCCUGAGGAGUACGUCCCCUUGACCAAGAUUGGCAAGAUGACUCUCAACCGCAACCCUCGCAACUACUUUGCCGAGACUGAGCAGGUCAUGUUCCAACCCGGCCACAUCGUCCGCGGCGUCGACUUCACCGAGGACCCUCUCCUCCAAGGCCGUCUCUUCUCGUACCUCGACACGCAGCUCAACCGCAACGGCGGCCCUAACUUUGAGCAACUUCCGAUCAACCAGCCUCGCGUUCCUGUUCACAACAACAACCGCGACGGCGCCGGCCAGAUGUUCAUUCCGCUCAACCCCAACGCCUACAGCCCCAACACUUUGAACAAUAACUCCCCCAAGCAAGCGAACCAAACAGUGGGUCGCGGCUUCUUUACCGCGCCUGACCGCAAGGCCAACGGAAACCUUGUGCGCGUGAAGAGCUCUACAUUUGAGGAUGUCUGGUCGCAGCCCCGUCUCUUCUACAACUCCCUUGUUCCUGCGGAGAAGCAGUUCGUUGUCAAUGCGAUUCGGUUUGAGAACGCCAACGUGAAAAGCGAGGUUGUCAAGAAGAACGUGAUCAUCCAGCUGAACCGUAUCUCGAACGACUUGGCUACUCGUGUCGCGCGCGCAAUUGGUGUUGAUGCGCCCGAGCCGGACCAGACCUACUACCAUGACAACACAACCGUCGGUGUCGGAGCCUUCGGUCACAGACUCCAGACCCUGGCUGGGCUGAAGGUUGCUGUGCUUGCCUCUGUCGAUGCGGAGCAGUCGCUCAACGCUGCCACAGCCUUGUCCAACGAGAUUUCCGAGGGUGUGGAUGUCGUUGUUGUCGCCGAACGCCUCGUUGAAGGUGUUAACCAGACGUACUCGGCCUCUGAUGCCAUCCAAUUCGAUGCUAUCGUCGCUGCUCCCGGCACUGAGAAGCUUUUCAACUCGACCACCAGCGCCAGCUCGACGCUUUACCCUGCCGGCCGUCCACUCCAGAUCCUGACCGAUGCCUUCCGAUGGGGCAAGCCCGUUGCUGCUCUAGGUAGCAGCUCUGCUGCCCUGAAAAGCGCUAGCAUCGACCAGAAGGAUGAUGGUGUAUACGCUGCCGAGAGCGUCAACUCCAAUUUUGUGAGCGAUCUCGAGGAGGGAUUGACGGUGUUCCGCUUCUUGGACCGGUUCGCCCUUGACUCGGAUGAGUAG